CGGUCUCCGUUAAAAGCGAUGAUAACAACUUAAACAACUAACAUUAAUUUUAACAGGACAACAAGUAGACAGCACUACAAGUCUACAACAGCUGCAGUUGUAAGCAGUAAGCAUUAAGCACAAGUUUAUCUGACUCUGACACCAAGUCACCAACACCUGCCUGUAUAAUAAUAGGCUUUACUAUUUAUUGCUAUACGUUUUAACUUAAUCCACUAUAAUAGUAAUAUAGUCUUUAAAGCUUACAACAGAUUUAUUUUUGAAUAAUUGAAUUAACUACUUAUUGAUUCUUAUUGGAUCGCAUUGUCUAUAUGAAUUCUUCAUCAGUAACUAAUUACAGUAACAUGUCAAGUGGCACCAAUGGAACAUAUGACAAGAAUGGACUGUCAUCRUCCUCGACUGGGGAUGGUGAUUAUGCAAGUGAUCCAGCUUCAGGAGGACUGUCAUCAUUUUUUGUGUCUGAUUAUAAAAAGCAUGACGAUUUGAAACAAAUGUUAGAUUCUGCAAAGGAUGGACCAAAGUUGGAAGCUAUGAAAAGAAUUAUUGGUAUGAUUGCCAAAGGAAGAGAUGCGUCUGAACUGUUUCCAGCUGUUGUUAAAAAUGUAGUCUCUAAAAAUAUUGAAGUAAAAAAACUAGUGUAUGUUUACUUGGUUCGUUAUGCUGAACAACAACAAGAUUUAGCACUUUUAUCCAUAUCUACAUUCCAGAGAGCAUUAAAGGAUCCAAAUCAACUAAUACGAGCAUCUGCUCUGAGAGUAUUGUCGAGUAUAAGAGUUGUGAUGAUUGUUCCUAUUGUCAUGUUAGCCAUUAAAGAUUCUGCUGCUGACAUGUCACCAUAUGUCCGUAAGACUGCCGCUCAUGCUAUUCCCAAAUUAUAUWGUUUGGACCCUGAUCAGAAAGAAGAGCUUAUUACAGUAAUUGAAAAAUUAUUAGCAGAUAAAUCAACACUUGUAGUUGGAUCAACAGUUAUGGCAUUUGAAGAGGUUUGUCCAGAGAGAAUUGAUCUUAUUCACAAAAUAUAUAGAAAACUUUGCAAUCUGUUGGUCGAUAUUGAUGAAUGGGGACAAGUGAUUAUUGUAAACAUGUUAACUAGAUAUGGACGUACUCAAUUUGUUAAUCCAAAUAAAAAUGAUACUAAUGAUUGUACAAAAAUCCAAAAUUCCACCUUGGAUAGCUCUGACUUAUCUAGUUGUGAGGAGGCUGGUGUUGAUGAUAAAUCAACUGUGUUGGAUCAAGACCAUCGUCUUUUGCUUAGAAAUGCUAAGCCCCUAUUACAAAGCAGAAACUUGACGUGUAACCAUAAUAUGGAAAUUUUUAUUUUCAGAUGUGCUUCGAACAUCAAAGAAGUCACAGAGACGUGUCUUAGUGGAUUGGUCUCUAUGUUAUCGAGCCGCGAUGAAGCGGUAGUAGCUGAAAGCGUUGUCGUUAUUAAAAAACUGUUGCAAAACCAACCCGAAGCCCAUUGCGAUAUAAUACGACACAUGGCUCGAUUGAUGGACUCCAUAGCCGUGCCCCAAGCGAGGGCCUCAAUUUUGUGGUUACUCGGAGAGUACUCACAAUUGGUGUCCACGAUAGCACCCGAUGUGCUCCGGAAAGUUGCAAAAACAUACGUUACUGAGGAAGAUAUAGUGAAAUUACAAAUAAUGAACUUAGCGGUCAAAUUGUUCUUAACGAAUCCUGCGCAGACAACUUUAUUAUGCCAGUAUGUGUUAAAACAGGCCAAAUACGAUCAAAACUACGAUAUUCGAGAUCGUUCAAGAUUUUUGAACAACAUACUGUUUCCUCCCGAACAAUUCAAGGACAGCGUAUUGAGCAAACACGCAAAUAAUAUAUUUUUGGCYGAAAAACCCGCUCCAUUACUUCAGUCCAAUUUCGUUGAUCGAGAAGAAUAUCAAAUGGGGUCKCUAUCACAUUACAUCAAUAGCCGAGCAAUCGGAUACCAAGAUUUACCUCAGUUCCCCGAUUUACCGACGGACUCGAGCGUUCGUUGCGUGGCCAUACCAGAAGAACAAGAAAAGCCGGUUAAACAGAAGGCCGAACGGACAACCAUCAAUAAGAAUAAAACGUUUUAUUCCGAUUCCGAAAACAAUUCCGACGAUAGUUCAGAAGAAUCGGACGAUUCUGACGACGAUUCCACAGACUCGUCGUCGGAUUCUACCUAUGAAAAAAUUGAAUCAGAGGUGAACAAAAAUCCUGGACGUUUCRUGGAUUCCGACGUAAAUAGUUCAGACAGUGAAUCUGUCGAKAGCGAUAGCAGUGACGAACAAACUGUUGCCGUUCAAAAAAAUGUCUCCAAACCGUCAGCUAAGAGCAAUGUAGACCUGUUGUUGGAACUAGAUGAUUUCGCCCCAGUUGGACAAACUACGUUGGUACCGUCGUUUGGAAAUAUUCUCUCUCCGUCUAGCAGCAAUCAACCGUCGUCAUUUCCCGUUUCAAAAUCAACUUUAGAAAAUUUCAGAAAGAUAGUAGCUCCAAGUUUCGUGCCAUCGGUGAAAACUGAAAUAUUGAACAAAAUUAACGGACACAACGAACUCAGUAUAUUGGCGCGAUUCACGAGAAGUCCUCACGCGAUGUCGAAAAUGGUUAGCGUGGAAUUGACUUUAACUAAUCACGAUAAUAAAGAAGCGCUCACCAACAUUCACUGGACUCAAAAGAAUUCUGACUUGAGUAUUCAUAAUUCGGCACCGAUCAUGCAAUUGUUACCGGGUUCGGUCACCCUGGGUGCACUCGGAGUGGACUACAAGGAUUCUAUUCAACCUCUCGUUUUGGAAGUAUCCUGGUUUACUGCUGGUAUGGAACGUAAAAGCGAAGUUGUAUUGCGCGUGCCUGCAGGUGAACUCGUUCAGCCGCUGUCCAUGAGCGAGGACGACUUUAAUGGCGAACAAGUAAAACUUAAAGGGAUGAACGAGCACAUGGCACAAGUCACUUUGAAAAAUGUCAAUCUAGAUAUCCAGAAAGCUGUAUUUGAAAUAUUCAACGUUGCGCGUGUUAUUACUGAAGAACAAAAUAUAUUCAGGUUCAGUGGUCAGACAUUGUCAUCUAAUUGUCUUGUGUUACUUACUAUUACCAAACAUGAGUCUUUGGCAACGGUAUGUGUUAAUUGUGAGAAAAUGGUCAUUGGUUCGGUACUUUUAAACGAAAUAAAAGGGUUGUUGUCUCAUUGAAUAUCAAACUAAUAAAUGUCCAUUGUUUAUUAAUGAUAUAUAUAAAUAACUAUUCCAAUACAUUAUGUUAUUUUGUAAUUUAAAAUAAUUUUA